AUGAAAUUUCGCCGAAUCCGCUUUUUAAUCGUUACCGUUUUCCUUAUUUACGGUAUCAGUCUCUUCACACUAAGGUAUUAUGCAGCUCACGAAGACUUGAUACCGUCUAGCUUAAAGGAGACCGACAUAGAUUUCGGGAGCUUGUUUAGUCUAUUUCAAGGGAAAGAUUCUUACUCAUUCAACUUAUGGACCGACAAACUUUUUGAUCGUCUUAUUGCAGAGAGAGGUGAUGAUGAUGAUUUUGUGAGGAUGGCCAAGUUGCGUGUUGACCCUUAUAUUCCAGAAGAACGUGACUCCAUCGAUAUUCCGAAAUACGUCGAUAGCGAAACCGACAAUCCCCACAUGGUUCCCUUUGAUCCAAGGCUAACGCUCGGUAUCAUUUUGAACGACUUGAAUACACAGCUAACUAGUGUGAACACAACUGAAGAUUUGCGCCUUGAAGUGUUUCACUGGAGUGACUGGACAGAUUUAACUAUUCUUCAUGAGCAGAUGUUAGUUGCCGGCUCCAAACGGCAUACCUGCUCUGAUUUUGCCGAGAAUGCAAGACCUCCGCUGUUCAAGUUCAAGGACUACAUGGAUGUGUCAGAGUUUUGUGUAAACGACGUUGAUCUCGGAAAUAUAAUUCAAGACAUGAGCCCAGAAGAUCCCAUGAGAGCUCAGUUGCAAAGCAUACAAAAGUCACCGUAUAGACUAGGCUUUCAUAUUACCAAAUUUGGUGGCCGUGUUCCUAAGCAAGACAGGAUCCUUCAAAGUGCAGCAUACUUGGCCGAAUUCAUGCCUCCCCCAUUGGCGAUAGUGAUGCUUCUUCCUUCCCAAAAUCAGAACUCCACUCUUUUAAAAAUGCCCGUAAAUGGCGACUUACUGGCACGCACCAAGUUGGUGGAUUCAGAGCUAGCACGUCUGGUUCUUCGAAAGACUGAAAGGCUUACUCUUAGCAAGGAGGUCGCAGGUGUUCAACUGCGUCUAAACACAAAGUCCGCACCUAAAUUUGUGGAAUUCAAGCAUAUGAAUUCUGACCUAUUCGAAGACAAACUGGCAACGUAUCAUGGACAACUAAUGGGGGAAGCAGAACUUUCACCGAGUUUGCUUAACUACAGAGAGAGUCUUAAUCUUUCUCUUACGACUGAACGUCCGUCUAAGUACUUUGACGAGGCAAAAUUUGUUAAUUCAUUCAAAGACUGGGCUAAAGGCAACCAUUACGACUGGCGGUUUUUCAAAGAAAUUCUAGAUGAAAAAGAAAUGAUGGUGCCGCAUCUACAUGCGCUUCUACUGGCAUGGCUUCGAUUUGUGGAGUCGGCUGGUCUCAACUCCUGGGUAGCUCACGGUUCCUUGCUAUCAUGGUACUGGAAUGGAGGUAUUUUCCCCUGGGAUCUGGAUAUCGACGUUCAGAUGCCUAUUGAUGACCUUCAUCGAUUGUCACGAGACUACAAUCAAACUAUCAUAGUGGACUUUGGGCUGGAUCCAAACAAGGAAGUUAGGACAGGUCGGUUCUUCUUGGACUCGAGCACUUGGAUCAGUCACAGAACAAGCGGCGAGGGCCUUAAUAAUAUUGAUGCAAGAUUCAUUGAUUUAGACUCCGGGCUUUACAUUGACAUUACUGGUUUGGCUGUUAGUAAUACUGUUGCACCUGCGAGAUACGAUGGUCUCAUUCCAGAAUCUCUCAAAAGAGCUGCUUCCAAGGUCACAAAAGGAGGGAAACUGGGAUCGGAUAUUGUUCCUGAUGAGCGUGAAAUAGAGCGGAAUUCGGAAGCCAGAUUGUACAAUUGCAGAAAUAAUCAUUUUCUGUCAUUGCGAGAACUCUCUCCUUUACGUUUGACAUAUGUGGAAGGCAUUCCAGCACGCGUUCCAAACAAGUUUACGGAAAUUUUACAAACAGAAUAUGGUGAAGGAAGCACAACAAUGCAAAAGUUCAAAAAGUAUGCUUUCUUCCCACGUUUAUCUUUGUGGCAACCACGGAAAACGUUUCAAAAAUACACUUUGAAAUCAAAGAAGCCCGAGCCAAAACUAGAUUUAGGUGAAGAUCUUGACCUUGCGGUCAAUCAGGUUGAUUCAGUUUCAGUGUUCCAUCUCAACGAUAGAGAUUACCUUGAAUUGUUAGCCGAAGAACCAGAAGUCUUAUUGCAGUAUAUUGUCUCGCGUAAUGUGACACAAUUCCAUAAGCAGGAGAUGGUUCUAUUGCUGGAGGGCAGAAACACGGGCAAAACCAUAAUUUCUAAAAGAGGCAAGUUGCUAUGGAAUUUUGGGGACGUUUUCCGGGACGUUAACAACAUCAAGGCAAUCACGAGAAAAACAGAUUUCAACAAGCAAGUAGAAGAGCUUCAAGAACAAGUUAACAAAUUCCGAAGUGGCGAAUCUGAAAACCAGUAUGGGGAAAAAGAGAUUGGUGAUUCGCCCAAGGAAGAAAAGAAGGCGGGAGAUGCUAUAAGUGAACCUGAGGAUCCUCCAGAGUUGAUGGUGGAACAAACACAGGAAAUGGCAGAUAAUGCAGACAAGGCUCGUGGUCAGGUGUCAGGAUGA